AUGCGCCGAGUCGCCGCUGCGGCCCGGCUCGGCGCCGCCGUCUCAGCAGGCGGUGCUGCUGCCUACUCCAUGCCGCUCUCCGACUGGUUUGCGCAGCCCGCGCCGUCGCUCGAGGCGGAAUCGCUCGUCUCAAAGUUUGAGCGGGACCCGGAGUGGGUCAACUGCACCACCAAGUUGUUGAGUGGUGCCGGCAUGGAUGUGGACAGCCUGGACGGCAGCGUCAUCUUUGACACGCUCGGCGCCCGGACCAACAGCAUCCGCCUCUACCAGCUCUAUGCGAAGCGGGACGGGACUGCAGUCGCCGGCAUCGCCUCACUGGGCAGCGGCCUGGACGGCCACCCCGGCAUCGUCCACGGCGGUGUGACGGCGCUCCUUUUCGACAACACCUUUGGGUGGGCCAACGCGAUCGGCCUGCUCAAGGAGCGCGGCGCUCUCGCGGCGGCGCUGCACGGGCCCGCAAAGCCGGCGCCUCAACUAGAGAGAACCACAUACGCUUCAUUGCCUCUGACUCUUCUCGCGCUCAUGCGCAGGGGCAGCAACUCACCGCCGGCAGCGGAGGGCCCGCCGGGGCAGCAGGUGUCGAGCACCAGCCAGUUUGGCUUCACGGCCUUCCUCCACAUCAACUACCGCGCGCCCGUCUAUGCCGGUACCACUGUGGAGCUGUUGUGCGCUCUCGACCGCGUCGAGGGGCGGAAGCGCUUCCUGAAGGGGACAAUGCACGACGCCACCGGGACGCUGCUCGCCGACGGCGACUGCUUGUUUGUGAUCCCGCGCGGACCGGGCUGA